AUGGGUUCAAGAAAAACAGAAAUUAUUAAGACCAGGCUAGUAAGAGCAAGAAGAAGUAAUAGAGCUAUACCUGCAUGGAAAAGUGAACUUCCAGAAUUUAAAGAUCAGUACAAUAAAAAAAGAAGACACUGGAGAGCUAAGAAGUUAAAGAUUUAUUAA